GGGGAGCUGCGGGGCUGGGCUCGGAGCUCCCGAUGUCACAUGUGCUUUCUGAGGACCGGCCCGGCGGGCGCCUCUGCAAGCUGGCUCGGGUGGCGGAGGAAGAGGAUGCUGCGGCAGGUGAUCCACAGAGGGCUCCAGUCGUUCUGCCACAAGCUGGGCUUGUUCGUCAGCCGGCACCCGGUGUUCUUCCUCACCGUGCCCGCGGUCCUGACCAUCAUCUUCGGCUUCAGCGUCCUCAACCGCUUCCAGCUCGAAAGAGACCUGGAGGUCCUGGUGGCCCCGAGUCACAGCUUGGCCAAGAUCGAGCGCAGCCUCGCCAACAGCCUUUUCCCCCUCGACCGCUCCAAAAGCCAGCUCUAUUCGGACUUGCACACCCCGGGGAGGUAUGGCAGGGUCAUCUUCCUCUCCAAGCCCGGAGGCAAUAUUUUGCAUCAGGCUGAAGGACUGCUGCAGAUCCACCGAGCCGUGCUGGAAAUGAAGGAUGGAAGAAGCAGUUUUAUUGGUCAUCAGCUUGGUGGAGUCAUGGAACUACCAAAUAGCAAGGAGCAAAGAAUCAAGUCAGCCAGAGCCAUCCAGAUCACGUACUACCUCCAAACCUAUCAUUCUGCAGCCCAGGAUCUUAUUGGGGAAAAAUGGGAGAAUGAGUUUUGCAAGCUGAUGCACAAGUUGCAGGUUCGCCAUGAGGACUUGCGACUCUAUUCUCUUGCCUCCUUCAGCCUGUGGAGGGACUUUCAUAAGACCAGCAUCCUGGCCAGGGGCAAGAUCCUAGUGAGCCUCAUGCUCAUUUUGAUGGCAGCCAUCCUCUCCAGCUCCAUGAAAGACUGCCUACGCAGCAAGCCCUUCCUGGGUCUCUUGGGAGUGCUCACUAUCUGUAUCUCCAGUGUCACUGCAGCAGGGAUUUUUUUCAUUACUGAUGGAAAAUAUAACUCAACUCUUCUGGGAAUCCCUUUCUUCGCAAUGGGUCAUGGAACAAAAGGAGUGUUUGAACUUCUGUCAGGAUGGCGCCGAACCCGAGAACACUUGCCAUUCAAAGACAGGGUUGCAGAUGCCUACUCUGAUGUAAUGGUCUCCUACAGCAUGACAAGCUUCUUGUAUUUUAUAGCCUUUGGCAUGGGUGCCAGUCCUUUCACCAACAUUGAGGCUGUGAAAGUCUUCUGCCAGAAUAUGUGCAUCUCUAUCCUGCUGAACUACUUCUAUAUCUUCUCGUUCUUUGGCUCCUGCCUGGUCUUUGCUGGACAGCUGGAGCAGAAUCGUUACCACAGCAUCUUCUGCUGUAAAAUCCCUUCAGCUGAAUACCUGGAAAGGAAGCCUGUUUGGUUCCAAACGAUGAUGAGUGAUGGCCAUCAACACACCUCACAUCAUGAGACCGACCCAUACCAGAAUCACUUUAUCCAACAUUUCCUACGGGAGCAUUACAACGAAUGGAUUACCAACAUCUACGUUAAGCCAUUUGUGGUGAUAUUGUACCUCAUUUAUGCUUCUUUCUCCUUUAUGGGCUGCUUGCAGAUCAGUGAUGGGGCCAAUAUUAUCAAUCUCCUCUCCAGCAACUCUCCCAGUGUGUCGUAUGCUAUCAUUCAACAGAAGUACUUUAGCAACUACAGUCCAGUGAUAGGCUUCUACAUCUAUGAACCUCUUGAGUACUGGAAUGGCACUGUGCAAGAUGACUUAAAGAAACUGAGUGAAGGCUUCAACACACUAUCCUGGCUUCAGCAGUACUACCAGUAUCUGAAAGCUGGGAACAUUAGUGCCACAAACAAAAGUGAUUUCCUUAGCAUCCUCCAAAACUCAUUUUUAAGGAAGCCAGAAUUCCAGCAUUUCAAAAAUGACAUCAUUUUCUCCAGGGCUGGCAAUGUGAAUAGCAUCAUUGCUUCCCGCAUGUAUCUGGUAGCUAGGACUAGUGAAAAAACACAGAGGGAUGUUAUAGAGUUGCUGGAAAAACUAAGACCACUGUCUCUGAAGCAGAGCAUCAAGUUCAUAGUGUUCAACCCAACCUUUGUCUUCAUGGACCAGUACAGCCUCUCAGUAACUAUGCCCGUCUUGAUUUCAAGCUUUGGCAUCUUGCUGGUGUUGUUACUUACCUUUUUCCUGGUUAUUCAUCCUCUGGGGAACUUCUGGUUAAUUCUCACUGUCACCUCAAUAGAAUUAGGUGUCCUAGGCUUGAUGACUUUAUGGAAUGUAGACAUGGAUUGCAUUUCUAUAUUGUGCCUUAUUUAUACUCUGAAUUUUUCCAUAGAUCACUGUGCACCCCUGCUUUACACAUUUGUACUAGCAACUGAGCACACUCGAACUCAGUGUAUAAAAAGUUCACUCCAAGAACAUGGAACAGCAAUUUUGCAAAAUGUUACUUCUUUUCUUAUUGGGUUGGUCCCUCUCCUUUUUGUGCCUUCAAAUUUGACCUUCACACUGUUCAAAUGCUUGCUGCUCACUGGCAGUUGCACACUUCUGCACUGUUUUGUUAUUCUACCUGUCUUCCUAACAUUUUUCCCACCUUCCAAAAAAUACCACAAGAAAAAGAAACGGGCCAGAAGAAAGGAGCGGGAAGAAAUUGAAUGCAUAGAAAUUCAAGAGAAUCCUGACCAUGUGACUGCAGUCUGAACGUCGGACAAACACAUGUGGCUUUUUUAAACUAAGAAAAAAUGUUACACAGAGAGCUGCAGGGAAAAUAGAGUAAAGAGCUCCACUGCUUGUGCUGGCCCGUGGUGAACAAGACAACGGAAGCCCAGGAAAGGAGUAUGAGACACACGGAGGUGAAAGUAUUGUUCAGAUAAUAAAAUAAUAAAAAAAAAUAACCAUUUUUAAAAAGGAAAAGGAAGAAGAAAAAGAAUGGAAAAGAGAGAAAAAACACUUCAGCCCCCUCACUUUUAAUUGUAUCACUUUAUGAAGGCAAAUGUUUAUUGGCAAUUUUAUCCAAACAUACCAACCACAACACAAAUGAAAUUACUACAUUCGGUUAAGUUACAGAAUUAAAAAAAAAAAGUCACAAAGGUUUCAGACCAGAAAAGGCAAGAAGAAUACACAGGAAAAAGUAUUUAUGGCUAUGUUGCUGAUUAUAUUUUUAAAGGUGUUGGCCUAAGUAAAACCUAUGCAGCUGGGUGGUAGAUAUUCAGUCAGUCUAAGCCAAAGUACUUCAUUGCUCUCGUAUACCGUUCUGAACUUAUAGGCCACAGCUGGAAUUUGUGCCAUUUUUUUUUUCAGAAAAGGGAAUUGAUGCCCUCCUAAAAUGUAAGCACAGUAUGUGUUGGAAAAGAAUUCGCUAGAUGACUUUAGCUUCUAGAAAUCUGGCAUUGGAUAAUGCUCUCUGUUUCGUUAUAGAACCCCUGAGAACCAGUGAUUUUAUGGUACAGUAUACUUGAAUUUUGUGAAAUAUCCCAGGUCUCAACUACUGCAGUACUCUCUAUAAUUACUGCAGUGCUGUCCUUUUGCCUCCUACACAUUAUCUGUACCAACACAAGACCCAGAAUACUAAUCAGGCAGAUGUGUCAAUAGAUCACCCUCCAUAGGCACAACAUGGUGACAUUUUGUGCCUGAAAUCAAGUCUUGAGCACACAGCAGUUUUAUGUGUCACAAAUGAGGUUCAAAGCAAAAUUAUACCAUUCCACUGUUAAAAUAUUAUCCAAACUGCAUGCGUUUUACAUCUUUUUUUUGGCAAACUGAUCGACUAACUAUGCCUUUUGCCACAAGAAAAAAACAAACAAACCCAGUUAUGUUUUAUUAAACAUAAAA